AUGGCCCUUCUGUCACGGCCCUCCCUCCGCUCUGUGCGACGGGAAGAACCUGACGGCCCAAAGAAACAUCGCCUGAACCGCCGCCGCAGCUCACCAGACUGCCUGGACACCACAACCCCAGACCCCAAACCGCGCUCGAAUCUCCCUCUAAAACUUGCGCGCCCGCGGACCUCGAACCGCCGCGACUCCUCGGCCUCCGUUGACUCGGUCGCCUCGCAAUUGGCGACGCCGGCGGCUCGCAACGGGAUUGGCAGGACCCGCGCCCGUGAUCCUACACCGGCGAUCGCGACCGACUUAUGGUCGAGGGAGUCGCCUGAUCCCUUGGAUACAAUCUCGCCCGCACCAUCGUCGGUCGCGUCGAAGCCGCGGCCUGGGACCCCGGCGUUGACGGCGAGAUCGGAGUUCAAGGCUGCUGUUUCGCCGGUGACUCGCGCGACUCGUCGGGUGGAUACGCGGGUGUCGAAUGACGGGCAGGAAAAGGGCAACGGGCAUGAUGGGGGUGACGGAGGCGGCGAUGGCGCGGCUGAGAUGAGGUUAACGCGAAAUCGCAACAGCGAUGCGGGCGACGGCGCGCAGCCCGAGGCCGAUGAGAAGCAGACUGGGCGGCGGUCGUUGCGUUCGACUGAUACUGGGUCACGGUGUAAGAGUGAGCUUGCACAGUACUUCCAUAGCUAUGAGCAGAUCAUCAGUUUGGACGACCCUGAGCCAGAAUCUCUCAGUGCCAAAACCACCAUCAUACUCCUCGAUAACCUCUUCCAACCUCUGCCAUUCCCCUCACAACCCGACCCGACGCCUUUUGGCAACCCUCUCCUCAAACUGUACGGCUGCGAGAAGAUCAACCUCCGUGAGCCGGCCGCAAGUCCAACUGCUAUCGACCCGCUCAGCGCAGAGACAUACUUCCGCGCGCAUCGCAAGUUCGAGCGCCAGGAGAAACAGCUACGAAAUAUUGAACGAGACCGCGCACAGCAUGAACAGCAGGUCCUGGAACGACUCCUCGACGAGCUCCGUGGCCACGACUGGUUACGGGUGAUGGGAUUGCCUGGGGUUCACGAGAGCGAAAAGAAGCAGUACGAGCCUAAGCGGGACAUUCUCAUCUCGGAGCUAGUCGCGCUGGUCAACAAAUUCCAAGCCUGGAAAGACGAAGAACGACGCCGCAAGCUCGCCAGAGAGAAGCCCGUUCUCGACGAAUCCGAUGCCGCAUCUCGGAACCAACCUCGCAAACGCUCCCGUCCAGCAGAGGAUAUAGACAGCUCCCCGGCACCAGGGCUAGACAUGCUAAGCACACCCGAUCCCAACGACGUGGACGCAUUAGCAGCGCGCCAGCUCCACCAAGAAGCGCGAGCAUCCGCCCCCAAACCACGCAAACAAUCAACAUCCCGAAAACCCAUCCCAAACACCAAAAUCACCCGCACAGAUGGCGAAAGCCAUAGCCACAGCCACAGCCAUGGUCAUACUCAUGGUCAUCCCAAUGCCGCCGAAACACCCUCCGUCCCGCAGACAAGCCCAAAAGCAAAGAAAAAGCCCGAUCCAACUCCACCAAAGAACCUCAAGCAAAUGCCUCUCUCCUUCUUCUACGAACCCGUUGUCAAAGAUAAACCCUUCACUUCGUUUUUCCGCCAAAAGCACGUCCGGGAAGCAGCCAUCGCUGCUACCAAGGGUGAUCGCCGCGGUGGCUCUCGCUCCUCACUUGCGUUUGGUCAACCUGUUCCUGACCAGGUCGAGCACGAGUUCGAGCCGCCGGCGGAACUUCUUACAGAUGAGGCAAUCACUGCUUCUCAACGGAAGAGACGGAGACUUAAGCGGCAGAGUCAUGGGUGA